GAGAGAAGAAAACGAAGAGGAGGUAGCUGUCGUUUUAGCAAACUCUACUACACUCGGUAGUUUCUCUCUUUCAUCUUCUUCCUCCUUCAAACAUCAAACUAAAUUAUGUUUUCUUUCACAACAUUCAUCCUCAUGAACAUUACCCAUACGCCAAUUUCUCAUUAACCCACUAAAUUUUUUUCGGAAAACCGGAAAAUUAAAUGGACCCUCCAUUUUUAAUCUCCCCAAUUUCCCCUUCCUCCUCUGGCGGCACCGAUUCCGACAUACCCGAUUCGUGGUACGGCAACAUCCAAUACCUACUCAACAUAUCCACAAUCGGCUUAGUCUUCUGCAUCUUUAUUUUCAUCUUCGUCAAGCUUCGCAGCGACCACCGCAGAAUCCCGGGUCCUACCGCUCUAAUUUCGAAGCUCCUUGCAGUUUGGCACGCUACCGGAAGGGAAAUCGCGCGUCACUGUGGAGCUGAUGCUGCCCAAUUUCUCAUAAUUGAAGGUGGUAGUUUCGGUGUUUUACUUAGUAUUUCUGUUCUGUCUAUUUUUUUUGUUCUGCCGUUGAAUCUUUAUGCGGGUACUGCCCGUCUUGAUGAUCAGUUUUCGAAGACUACGAUUAAUCAUAUCGAAAAGGGUUCGUGGUUUUUGUGGUUUCAUUUUGUUUUUGUUGUUGCUGCUGUUGUUAUUGUUCAUUUUGGGAUGAAUGUGAUUGAGGAGAGGUUGAAAGUUACUAGAUUUAGAGAUGGGAAUGGGAAUUUAAGUGACCCUAAUGUUGAUUCCACUGCCAUUUUUACGAUUAUGGUUCAGGGAUUACCAAGAAGUUUAGGCGAUGAUAGGAGUGUUUUACGCGAGUAUUUUCAGUAUAGGUAUCCCGGUAAGGUUUUUAAGGUUAUUGUGCCUAUGGAUUUGUGUGCUUUAGAUGAUUUAGCUAGUGUGUUGAUUCAGGUUAGAGAUGAGAUUGCUUGGUUGGUUGCGAAAAUAGAAUCUAGGCUUUUGCCAGAAGAGAAUGAGGAAGUUGGUGGACAGAGUUCUGUGGAGAGAUUAAGGGGUUUCAUGGUUUAUCUGUGGAAAAGAGCGAAAUACUUUUGGGAUCAGAUUAUGGAUAGAUUGGGUUGUACUGAUGAAGAGAAGUUGAGGAAGUUGCAAGAAUUUAGAGCAGAGCUCGAAGAGGAUUUGGCAGCUUAUAAAGAAGGUCAUGCACCGAGUGCUGGCGUUGCGUUUGUGAUUUUUAAAGAUGUUUAUACAGCUAAUAAAGCUGUUCAGGAUUUCCGGAAUGAAAGAAAGAGGCGUUUCGGUAAGUUCUUUUCCAUAAUGGAGCUGCGUUUGCAGAGGAACCAAUGGAAGGUUGAGAGAGCCCCGUUGGCAACGGAUAUUUACUGGAAUCAUCUCGGUUCCACAAAACUAUCCCUUAAAUUGCGGAGAUUGUUUGUGAAUACUUGCUUGCUGUUGAUGCUGUUAUUCUUUAGCUCUCCUCUUGCUGUCAUAACUGCUUUGACGAGUGCUGGUCGCAUUGUCGAUGUGGAAGCAAUGGAUAAUGCUCAAUCUUGGUUGGAUUGGCUGCAGAGUUCCAGCUGGUUUGCAUCUUUGAUCUUCCAGUUUCUUCCCAAUGUUAUUAUAUUUGUGAGCAUGUAUAUAGUAGUGCCGUCAGCUCUUUCUUACCUUUCCAAGUUUGAACGGCAUAUGACUAUGUCUGGGGAGCAUAGAGCUGCACUUCUAAAGAUGGUUUGCUUUUUCCUUGUAAACCUUAUUCUAUUGAGAGCUUUAGUUGAAUCUUCAUUAGAAAGUGCAAUCAUAAAGAUGGGUAGAUGUUAUCUGGAUGGAGAAGAUUGCAAAAGAAUCGAACAUUACAUGAGUGCUUCUUUCCUGUCAAGAUCUUGCCUUUCUUCUCUUGCGUUUCUAAUCACGAGCACCUUCUUGGGGAUAUCUUUUGAUUUACUGGCUCCAAUUCCUUGGAUAAAGAAUAAAAUCCAAAAAUUUCGGAAAAAUGACAUGCUUCAGCUAGUUCCAGAGCGAAGUGAAGAAUACCCGUUGGAAAAUCAGACAAUAGAGAAUCUUCAGAGACCGCUGAUGCAUGAUAAUCUUUUUGAAUCCCCAAGAACAAACGGAUUUGAACCACCGGGACAAGAUCUAUCUGAGUAUCCUAUCAGCAGAACCUCUCCCAUUCCGAAACAGAAAUUUGAUUUUGCACAAUAUUACGCAUUUAAUUUGACGAUAUUUGCCCUGACGUUGAUAUAUUCAUCAUAUGCUCCUCUUGUGGUGCCUGUCGGUGCAGUUUAUUUCGGGUAUAGGUAUGUGGUUGACAAGUAUAACUUUCUAUUCGUAUAUAGAGUCCGGGGGUUUCCGGCAGGCAAUGACGGGAGGUUGAUGGACACAGUAUUAUGUAUUAUACGGUUCUGCGUCGACUUGUUCCUCCUGUCGAUGCUUUUGUUCUUUUCGGUGCAAGGAGACUCCACGAAGUUGCAAGCGAUAUUUACACUGGGAUUGUUAGUAAUGUUUAAAUUAUUGCCUUCAGAUAAUGAUGGUUUUCAUCCAGCUCUUUUGGAAGGAAUCCAAACCAUUGAUAGUAUAGUAGAUGGUCCCACUGAUUAUGAAGUUUUCUCACAACCCAGGUUUGAUUGGGAUACAUAUAAUGCAUAAUUUGGAAUUCAUUAGUUUUCAGAAGUUAGUUGAUCUCUGUGCUCUUCUUAUAGGUUUCUGUAGCUAUUUCUUCUCAAUACACAUUUUCGACCUUUUUUUAUCUUAUUAGAAUUUGUAGUCAAAAUGUGUUUCUAUGAGAUUGUACAUCAAGGAAAGUUUCACUUCUUUCAUAGUUUGGUUUGCUGUAAUCCAUAUUUAAAGUUUGGU